GAAGAAGAAGAAGAAGAAAAGAAAAAUUUUCAUGUUCAUUUCAAUUUUGUUGAUUAUCAAUGAACGAUGAUGGCAUUGUUAAAUCGAUUUAGGAUUUUGUCUUCAAUAUUUUUGUUUGUGAUUUUCUGUACAAUUUGUAAUUCACAAUCAACAACAAUCGACGAAAUCAAUGAUGAUUAUGAAAAAUCGACUACAACAUUGUCCACAAUUCUUUCAUCCAAUUUGAAUUUGAAUCAUUUUAGCUGGUCUAAAUCGAUUGAUAAUGCAUUCGAUUUGGCUUUUUUAAACGAUACAUAUGCAAAAUUGAUUAAUGUUGAUAGAAAAAAUUCAACAUUAAUAAAUGAAAAUAAUGAUGAUGAUGAUGAUGAUCAAUUGGAUGAUUGUCAAAUUGAUCAAUUUAUUGAUGAUAUUUUUCCUGCCAAUUAUCAAGUGGAUAGUAAUUUUGAUUUUCAAAAAGCCAUAUGGACAGAUAAUAUUGAUCAAACAUUUGUUAUUGCACAUCGAUUGAUUGAUUUAGGACGAAAUUUUAGUCAUCGUUUAACACCAUUAUUACAAAGAAUGUCCAGACAAUUAUCAUUUCUGGCAUAUGAAUUACAAUUAUCUCCACAAUGUAUGGCAUCAUUAGUCAAGAUUGGUAGAGCAAUAAACAAAAAUGAAUUAUGGUCAUUCAAAUUUUUAGAUGCAGCUGGAAAAAUUCCAAGCGGUCUAUUGGAAGGAACGCUAUCUAGUGUCGGUGAUUAUAAUCAAUGUUUAGAAAUAAAAAGUCCUCGUUCACAAAAUGAAAAUUUAAAACAAUUUCGUGGUAAAUAUUGUUUUGCACGUCCUAUUGUUCCACAUCCUCGUGGAAAAAUUAUAAUCAAUAAGGAUCGAUCAUUACCAUUUGGCAUACCAACAAGUUUGAUUGAUGAAAUUUCAGAUGCAUUAUAUUUUUUCAAUCGUUCAAUGAUAAACAUUGGAAUUUGUAUACCAUCCACUUGUACAGCUGAUGAAAUUCAAUUGACAUUGAAUUCAAUUCUGUAUCCAAUAACAAAAAUACCAAUUGAAAUUGGUCCAGAAUCUCGUUGUGAUUCACAUGAUAAACCAAUUGUUUUGGAUAAUUUUCAAUGGAUGGCCAUUUAUAUCUAUUCUGGCCUUUUCUUGUUAACCAUUUUAGCAUCAAUCUAUGAAUAUUUUCUCAAACGAUCACAACAACAAUCAUUAUCAAUCAAUGAUCCUGUGAAAAGCAAAAAUGAUAACGAUGAAAAUAACAACAAAAACAUUGGCAAAAACAAUGAUAUUAUCGACAAUAAUCAACUUACAACAGUUAAUGUUAACAAUGGAAAUGAAAGCAGUAUAUCAUCAUCAUCAUCAACAUCAACAUCAACAUCAGAAUCAUUACAAAAACAUUCAACUAUAUCUUGUAUUAUUGUUGCAUUUUCAUUCGUAUCCAAUUUACGAUCAUUAUUCGUUUCGAAACCAAAUAAUUUCGGAUCAAUUGAUUUUUUUCGUCUAGUAAUGUUAAUUGAAACAAUAUUCAUGCAUACAUAUUAUAUGGGCACAUUGACAGCCAGUAUGGCUGUGCAGAAAAAAUUAUUCACUGGUCUAGCAACGAAAACAUUACAAGACAAGAAAUAUGGAUUUCUACGAAAUUUUCAUAAUACAGAUUUUUUCUUCUCUUUAACUGGUCUUUUGAUGGCAUAUACAACAUUGAAAUUUUUGAGAAAAACCAAAGGAAGAUUUAAUUUUUUACAAUUUGCCAUCAACAUGUAUUUAAGAUUUUAUCCAACAAUUUUCGGCGUCAUUCUUCUCUACUAUCUACUACCAUUAUGGGAUAGUGGACCAUUCUGGCAUCAUAUGGAUCAAUAUUUUGUAUAUGCAUGUCGCCAUCAAUUAUUGUCCAGUAUGCUAAGCUAUAAUUUCUAUGAUGUUGAUUUGGAAUUCUUACAGAAUCAUAGUUUCUGCAAUAUGGCAACUUGGUGGGCAAAUUCUUGUUUCCAUUUGAUUCUUUUAUCACCAUUGAUUCUGUUGCCAUUAUAUCGUCUUAAAAGAGGAUUCUUUUCGAUAUUAUUCCUUAUUUUAUCCAUUAUUAUUGGAUGUUUAAUCAGUAUCAGUCAUCUAAUGUUUAAUGGAAGGCCAUACGCAAAUCAAUGGUCACGAAUGGAUUCCAUUUUUUAUGAAUCUCUUUACACGAUUUACUAUACAUGGCCAUUUAUUCAUCAUAUUUCAACAUUUGUAUUUGGAAUGUUAGUCGGUUAUUUGAUAUUGGAUUAUCCGAAAAUCUAUUUCGGUGGUAGAAUUGGUGAAUGUAUUUUAACUAUUGUUUUUAUCAUCAUGUCAAUUGUUGGAUUUCAAUGGACAUAUACAUUACAUACAGCACCAUCUGAUUUAUUUACAUUAUUAACAAAAUCAGCAUCAGAUUUGGAAAUCUAUUUAAAUAUUACCAUUGGUAAAUUAUUAUGGUGUUCAGGAUUUAUGUGGAUAUUCUAUAUUUGUUGUACUAAAAGAGAAUUUUGGUCAAAAUUAUUUGAUUUUCCGGCACUUCGUCCUCUAUACAAUUUAUCAUUACAAAUCUACCUGAUAAAUUUAAUACCAGCUAUUUGGUUAACAUUUCGAACCAAAGAUACAAUCGAUUUUGAUGAUAUGUUUAUGUUUCAGCAAACAAUAUGCAAUGUUUUCCUCACAACAGUACUAUCAUUUUUCGUACAUCUUUUGUUUGAUAAACCGGUGCAGAAUAUUCUACGAAUUCUUGAAAUGAAAUGAAAAUCAACACACGCCAAAAAAA